AUGGUGCGAUAUCGUAGUGACGAUUCUGAUGGCGAUUCUGCCAUCCUCCUCACCCCAAAUAGAAGUAGGCAAGGGCAUCAGAAUAAGAAGAAAUGUUAUUGUGCUAUCCUUAGCUGUGUUGGUACUUUGAUCAUUUUGGUUGCAAUAGCGACCAUUGUCUUGAUAGCUUUCCAUGCGUCGUGUAAAAUUACUUGGCAAUUUAACGAGGACUGUGAUACUAUUCGAAAUGCGAUCGUCAAUCAGAUUCACAAUUGGACCAGUGACACCAACUGUCAAUACGGCGGAGAGAAAUGCCUUUAUCAUCUUAUUUCCGAAACGCCUAAAAUGGUAGUGGCUUAUCAUGUUACCCCAAAGGCUCACUAUAGGGAUAAUUUAAAAUUUCUCUUUAUCAAGGAUCCCGGCGACGGUGUGCAAUGCGAAGUUCAAGGCUUUUCUGCAUCUGAAAUAUUCUAUGCAAUUCUUGAUUUUGGUACGAACUAUUGCAAUCUUCAUAAUUUAAUUGUUGGCAGUGGUAUAGACAGAGUUCCCGGAUAUAAAGAAGAAACAUCGGAUAGCAUAUGCACGCAGUACAGUAUUGCUAAUUGUACCCACUUCUGA